GCUGGCAGCAGAAUAGGAAUGGUAAUAAGUACAGGGCAGACGCCAUUUCAGACCUGACACAAGUCUGGAGAGGAACACGCACUUCACCACGAGGGUAACUCAGACGACAGACAAGCAUGGCUAUCCUGUUCUGCCUGUUUGGGAUAAUUGUUUUAGGAUCUGGAGUGAACGGCCAAGAAGGUCUGUCCAAUCUCGUGGUAUUGGACUCGGACGUUGCCUACAUCACGAUCGGCUGGACUGUGUCUCCCGGAUUCAACGUGUCCAGCUACCGCGUGCGCUAUGCCGGGCAGAACCGGGGCGGCUCCUACCGGGACCUGUCUCCCGCCCCGGGCCCAGACGACACCACCGCCAACAUCACCGGACUCCACGCCAACGAGAACUACACCAUCACCGUGACGUCAUACGGACCUGACGGCAACAAGACGUCUGAAGUCAGCACAGUAGAGUUAACAUAUUACUAUAUAAUGUCAGUGAUAUGCGACCAGACCCACAUGGAGAUCAGCUUCCCGUUGGACGGUCUGCCAGGCAUCAACGCGGCAGGGCUACAUCUGCUUAACUCCAGUUGCCUAGCAACGGUCGAUGACGAAUAUGCCACCUUGAGGACAGGGCUUCAGGAUUGCGGGACGAUUCAAGAGAAUUACGGAGAUAACAAGUUCAGGUUCAGGAACAAGGUUAUGGGGGCAUCUAAGUUGGACGCGAACGGAGCACAGCGAUACCAGCCGUUCAGUAAUUCGUUUCACUGCGACUUUGUCCGACUCUACACCAAAUCACUGGAACAGAAAGUACUGUACAUAAUUCCCGACUCCAGUUUGGAGUUUGAGAUAGAACACGGCAACAACACCUUUACCUUCGACAUGCACCUGUACACGUCAGCGGACUUCAUCCACAAGUACGAGGCUGAGGACUAUCCAGUAAAGUUCUUCCCUACCGAUAACAUGCACGUGGGGUUAGCAGUGCAGACCACCCUGACAAACCUGGAGCUAUUCGUUCAGGACUGCUUCGCCACUCCUACGUCAGACAAGAACGACGCGACUAGACUUGACGUCAUCGACAACGGGUGCGACACAGACCCCACACUAGUGACACAGAGUGAUGGGUCUGACCCGCUGGUUCACCAGUUCUCCGUCCAGGCCUUCACUUUUCCAAACUCAACGGACAACGUGCUGUACCUCCACUGUACCCUGGUAGUGUGCAUGGCUAGCGACAAUUCGUCCCGCUGUGAGCAGGGGUGUGUACCGGGCCGCAGGCGUAGGGACGUGUGGGACCACCGUGACAAGGCGGCGCUAGUCCAGACGAAAGCGGGCGAGUUUCAGGACAAGGUGGUGUCCAUCAGCCAGGGACCGAUCCUACUGCUGAAGGCGAGCCCGUCCCAACAAGCGGAGACAGACACCCCUCCCAUACCGCCGACCGUGCCUGUAAUAGUGGGGGCAGCAGCAGUGAUCCUGACAGCUCUGACUAUCCUGGUGUUGUGGUACAAACGGGACAGGACUGGGACUUUACACACAGACGUUGGCGUUACCGGUAACCAAGGCCACGCCCACCAGAUGGAGAGGAGUUGGGCAUGUCAAGUACGUCAGACAGCUACCGUAUAGAUCUGACGUCAUCACAUCGUCUGGACAGCAGCAACAUGGCGGGCGUCUGCACUUGUUUUCUGAAUGUCGGCCUUUCCAAGUACAUUGUAGUACUGCAUAUGGAUCCAGAGUUGUAAGAAUGUUUAGGUUCAAGUCCAAAAAACUUAAAUUCAAGAACCGAGU